AUGGCUUCCACCGCACCGACUACCGAGUCUCAAGCAUCAAAAAAGAAGAACAACAAAAAGAAGAAGACCGCCGGCAAGGCAAAGCCAGCAGAAAACGCUCAGCAGGAGGAGGAAGCGUCGGAUGGAGAGACUGCACCCCCGCCAGAACCAGAAGAUGAGGCGCCAGAAAAUGGAGACGCUGCCAAUGGCCAUGCCGGUGCCAACGGCAAGUCACCCCAGCCACAGCCGCCCCAAUCACCAACAGAAGAAGCCACACCACCAUCAGACACCAGUCGACAGUCUCAAUCGCAGGAAGGCAACACAGGAGACACGAGCGCGAAGCUGGCGGCCAUGACGGAGGAGCGAGACGCCCUCCGGACCGAGGUUGAGCAGCUCCGCCGCCAGCUCGAGUCUCUCCGCGAAUCUCAUGCGACCGAUACGUCCCAACUGCGCACCGAGCUCGAAGAGUCCGAGGCGGCCCGCGACCGCGCCGAGGACCAAUACCAAACCCUCCUCGGAAGGGUCGAGAAGAUCAAGGAGACCCUCGGGGACAGGCUUAAGCGGGACAGGGAGGAGCUGGCCGAGGCCAAGGACCGCGUGGAGGAGCUCGAGGGCCAGAGCGAGGGGCUUGUCAAGCGGGCGGAGGAGGCCGAGGCCGAGGCCGAGAGGUUGCGCGAGGAGCUGCACGAGUCCAACCGCGAGCUGUCGUCGCUGCGCAGCCGCGGCAACCUGUCGCAGCAGAACUGGCUCAAGGAGAAGGAGGACAUGGCGCGGCAGCUGCACAGCUACAAGGUCGAGCUGGACCGGACGAGCAGCGCCAUGGGCGAGUGGGAGGUCAUCGCCAUGGAGCAAAAGUCGGUCAGGGACAGCUUGGCCGACAAGGUGGCCGAGCUCGAGGCCGAGGCUGGCCAGCUGCGCGAGGCGCACGAGCGCGCCGCCUCGGAGCGGGACGCGCAGGCGCAGGCCGUCGAUGCGCUGCAGAGGGCGCUGCGGGAGAUCCAGGAGGCCAGGAAACGCGAGCUGCGCGAGGUCGUAGAAAGCUCCGAGGAGCAGCUCGAGGCCGCCAAUAGGAAAGCCAAAGAGGCGGCCCGACUGGCUGAAGAGGCCGUGGCCGCCCGCGAGCAGUUGUCCAAGGAGCUGGAGCGCAUGGCUCCGUUCGAGAAGGAGGUCAAGGAGAAGAACUUGCUGAUUGGCAAGCUGAGGCAUGAGGCUAUCGUGCUCAACGAUCACCUGACCAAGGCCCUCAAAUACAUUAAAAAGAACAAGCCGGAAGAAAACGUCGACAGACAAGUCGUCACCAACCUUUUCCUACAGUUCCUAGCACUCGACCGCUCCGAUCCCAAAAAAUUUCAGGUAUUACAGGUCAUAUCCGGCAUCCUCAGCUGGAGCGAGGAGCAAAAAGAGCAGGCCGGGCUCGCGAGGCCGGGCACGUCCAGCAGUAGCCUACGGCUACCGUCGGCGCCCUUCCACCGCACCCCGAGCACGCCGUCGCUCAACACCGAGUUCUUCAGCGAGUCGUCGACGACGCCCACCAAUAAGGAGUCGCUCGCGGAGCUCUGGGCAGGCUUCCUUGAGAGGAGCGUCGACGAGGCCGGCACCGGCGUGGCCGGCAUGGGCCUCGGGUCGAGAAAAGGGAGCAUGUCUAGCAACGCGACGGGGACGACUAGGCCAGAUACUAGAGGGGCUUGA